AUGAUAUUGAAAACCCCGACAAGCCGUUGCUUCCUUUCAGGCUGCGCCAACUGGCCGCUCUUCUUGGUUCUCCUCUGUUGUAGGCCGACUAUUGUGAAUGCUAACGACGACGGGUGGUUCGAAACGGUAUCUUUUGCGGUCCCUGAGGGCGCUCCCUGGACCAGCUUGACAAGAACACGCGAACGAUACACAACCGAAGCGAAUGACGGCCAUGAAGCCAACUUUUGGUUGAUCCAAGGCAGUCAGGCGGCCGUGCUCAUUGACACGGGAUUUGGGUUGGAGAAUUUGGCCCAGCACUUGAUGGACGGUGGAUACUGGAACGCUUCUACCACCCCGUUGGUGGUGGUGGCAUCCCAUGAACACUUUGAUCAUGCGGCUGGCAUGUCCGUGUUUCCCGCUGCUACUAGCAGUGACGUUGUCCUGGCUGCCGGAUCAGGAGAUGCCAAUGCCAUUACCGAGAGCAUCACGGCGAGAACUGCCGAUAUUCUUGUCCAGGAAAUGGCCUUUUACCCGGACGAGUACUUUUCAGAAGCGCCUCCAUCUGUCACUGACUUUGCGGCCCGGCUGUCCGACUUUCAAACGCAAGCAAACAUUGACAGGGAGCUUGUAGAGGGUGAUACUAUCGAGUUGGGAGACGGGGCUGUGUUAACCAUCAUGGCGCUCCCAGGACAUACACCUGGAUCCAUUGCUCUGUACGACGGACCCAGUCAAACAAUCUUCACGGGAGAUACCCUUUACGCAGGCUAUUUGAUUGAUAAUGCUGUCGAUUCCAACGUUGACGACUACGCAACCUCCAUGGACCGGCUCGCUGCUUUGUCGGUCAAACAAGCCUAUCCUGGCCACGGUGAGGCAUUAUCAGGGGAACAGUAUCUUGCUGUCAUUGAUUGCUAUAAUGGCGGGGAAGAGGACUGCUCUUACGUUGUCGAAGAAAUACCUGGAACUGUCAAACCACUGUCCAGAAGCAGCAGCAGCAGCAGUACUUCAGAGUCCGUCCCUCCAGAUGGAAACAUCACAACGACAGCCCCAACUACCACCACUGAUGGUGGAGACUCGGACACGGUACCCAGUGGAAGCAGCGCUUCAUCCAGGUAA